AUGGUCCCAGAGCCCGGCCCCGCCAACAACAGCACCCCGGACUGGGGGUCGCGGCCGCCUUCGGACCCCGCAGGCAGCGGCUGGGUGGCGGCCGCGCUGUGUGUCGUCAUCGCGCUGACGGCGGCGGCCAACUCGUUGCUCAUCGCGCUCAUCUGCACGCAGCCCGCGCUGCGCAACACGUCCAACUUUUUCCUGGUGUCGCUCUUCACCUCGGACCUGAUGGUGGGGCUGGUGGUGAUGCCGCCGGCCAUGCUGAACGCGCUGUACGGGCGCUGGGUGCUGGCACGCGGCCUCUGCCUGCUCUGGGCCGCCUUCGACGUGAUGUGCUGCAGCGCCUCUAUCCUCAACCUCUGCCUCAUCAGCCUGGACCGCUACCUGCUCAUCCUCUCGCCGCUGAGCUACAAGCUGCGCAUGACGCCCCCGCGCGCCCUGGCGCUUGUCCUGGGCGCCUGGAGCCUGGCCGCUCUCGCUUCGUUCCUGCCCCUGCUGCUGGGCUGGCACCAGCUGGGCCGCGCGCGGGCCCCUGCCCCGGGCCAGUGCCGCCUGCUGGCCAGCCUGCCCUUCGUCCUCGUGGCCUCGGGCCUCACCUUCUUCCUGCCCUCGGGCGCCAUCUGCUUCACCUACUGCAGGAUCUUGCUGGCCGCCCGCAAGCAGGCGGUGCAGGUGGCCUCCCUCACCACCGGCAUGGCCGGCCAGGCCUUGGCGACGCUGCAGGUGCCCAGGACCCCACGCCCAGGGAUGGAAUUGGCUGAUAGGCGUCUGACCACCAAGCACAGCAGGAAGGCCUUAAAGGCCAGUCUGACACUGGGCAUCCUGCUGGGCAUGUUCUUUGUGACCUGGCUGCCCUUCUUUGUGGCCAACAUAGCCCAGGCUGUGUGCGACUGCGUCUCCCCAGGCCUCUUCGAUGCCCUCACGUGGCUGGGUUACUGUAACAGCACCAUGAACCCCAUCAUCUACCCACUCUUCAUGCGGGACUUCAAGCGGGCCCUGAGUAGGUUCCUGCCGUGUCCCCGCUGCCCCGGGGAACACCGGGCCAGCCUGGCCUCACCCUCCAUGCGUACCUCUCACAGCGGCCCCCGGCCGGGCCUGAGCCUGCAGCACGUGUUGCCACUGUCCUUGCCACCUGACUCCAAUUCUGACUCGGGCUCAGGCUCCGGUGGUUCAUCGGGCCUGCAGCACACGGCCCAGCCGCUGCUGCGUAGAGAGGUCCCCCGGGACCCCCCGCCCUCUGCCAGGGUUGCUGCUGUGGUCAAUUUCUUCGACAUCGAUCCGGUGGAACCCAAGCUGCAGCUGCAUCCACUUGGUGCUCCCACGAACUGA